CCAACCCGAAUUCAUCGUAUAAAAGUGGGAUUUCCCGCUGAGUUCGAAUGUGAGGGAUGGCAGAUGAAGGGAAGAGGGAGGAGCUCUCCGCCUUCCUUUCCACCGGAAUCUACCGCUUGGGGACGGCGAAUGAUGUCGUUUUCAUCGAUCCCCCGCGAGUGCUCAACUGUGGCUACACUCGUUUUAGGGUUUCUGCUUCCGCGUACUAUGAACGCCCUUUCUCGCUCGGAUCUGGGCAAACGCAACGGAAAGAUGCUUCGCCAAUUUUGAACUCCAAAGGUCGGAAGCGCAAGCGGAAGGAAUAUGUACUCAAUGAACGGGAACGUGCGGCAGAAGAGCGUCACCAGGAUGGAAGGCUUUUCUUGCUGAAGGCACACCAACUAUUUUUAGGGGCCACAGAACUUCUGCAUUGUCUUUCCAAUUUAAAGAGAGAUAAUCUUCUGGAUAUGAAAUACGAGAAGGCACCAUUUGCUAAAGAAGAAGAGUUUUCCUUUGUUGACCUUGGAAACCUUUGGCAGGCACCUUUCUACGAGAUUUCUCUCCACUUCCUUACUCCAAAAACUGAGUACAUCAAUGAAGGCAUUUUUUCUUCAGUUGUCACUGGUUUGGAAAAUGGUGGAGGAUCGGUCCAAAUAUUCAAUAACCUAGUUACUAAUAGUUCAAAUGAUGACAUGAAAGCAGAAUUUCUUGGUAACUGGUAUAUCCUGCCCAAACAAAGUUGCUUCUAUAUGUCUGAUUUGGAGCAAAUACACAAUCUUAUCCCAGCUUCUUGUGAUCAGGGAUUCAACCUUAUUCUGAUUGACCCUCCAUGGGAAAACAAAAGUGUACAGCGAAAGCUUGUGUAUCCAACAUUGCCUAACCGAUAUUUUUUAUCCAUUCCUAUUAAGCAGCUUAUACAUUCAGAAGGAGCGUUGGUGGCUUUAUGGGUGACAAACAGGGAGAAGCUGCGGAUGUUUGUUGAGAAAGAGCUUUUCCCAGUGUGGGGUGUUACACAUGUUGCUUCUGUUUAUUGGUUGAAGGUCAGUGAAGAUGGAAACCUGAUUAGUGAAUUGGACCUGUUUCAUCAUAAGCCAUAUGAACUCCUACUUCUUGGUUACUGUCAUGCAAAGGGUCCCAGUUCUGUAGAUGAAGGGGUGUUUAAAUCUCUACCUGAUAAUCAAGUUAUUAUCAGCAUUCCUGGUGCUCACUCAAGAAAGCCUCCAAUUGGAAAAUUGUUGUUGAACUACUCACCUGGACCGAGGCCUGUAAAGUGCUUGGAGCUGUUUGCUAGGGAGCUAGUAGCUGGAUGGACAUCUUGGGGAAAUGAACCACUUCUUUUUCAGGACUCGAGAUAUUUCUUAAGGUAAUAGAUGAGCCACAAGGUGUUGACUGGAACAUUGAAAGCGUGGUGUUUGAGGUGGUGAUUUACAGCUCCAGGAAGCAGUCCAGGUUCUUCUUGCAGAUCUUCUCUUAAGUUAUGCCCGUCUCGUAACAUGCCGAAAUGAGUGACAGACUGACAGUAGCAUAAACCUGUCAGGAUGUAUCACACGGAAGUUUUCUUUUUUAUUUUUUGACAAACAAGCUGGGGUUAGGCUGACUUGUACUAGAUUAUGCCUCCAGAAAUGCACUAAAUGCAUUCUCAAGCAUUCAGUUUCUCGUACGCUUGCGAUUGCUUUCCGAUUCAGAUAAGUAGAGGGCAUAUAAAAAUUUUCUGUUUCCAUUA